CAAUAUGUAAAUAAAUACAGAAAACAAAAGCAACGUUUAAAAAACAAUUUCUAACUAUAGUUUAUCAUUAGAAGUGGUCUAAGUAGGUUGGUUCUAUUUGGAGUUAACCAUUUAGGAUACUGGAUCAAGAACCAAAGGCCAAAAUGACGCUGAAUGCAGCAGAAAUAGUAGAACAGGCAGCCUUAGCGCUGCAGAAACCCAUGAACGAUGUAAUAGACCGCGGAGACUCGGCCGUGCAGCAGUUCUACUGCGGCGCCACCGUGUUCGUGACAGGCGGCUCCGGCUUCCUCGGCAAGCAGCUCGUAGAGAAACUCUUCAGGGCAUGUAAAAUAAACAAAAUAUACAUGUUAUUAAGACAAAAGAAGGGAAAGAAUAUCAAAGAUAGAUUGGAAGAAAUACUUAAAGAUCCAGUAUAUGAUAUGCUAAAAGAAAAGCAGCCUAAAUUCGCUGAGAGGAUAAUACCAGUGGAAGGUGAAGUGGCAGAUCUCAGGCUUGGUAUCAGUGAUGCUGACUGGUCGACUCUCACUAGUGAGGUGGAUACAAUUUUCCAUGUGGCUGCCACCGUGAGGUUUGACGAGGCCCUCGCCAAGGCUACAUUCAUUAACAUCAGAGGAACCAGAGAGGCUUUGGCACUUGGCAGAGCCUGUCCAAAACUUAAAUGUUUCGUACAUGUGUCCACGGCAUUCAGCCACGCGACUUUCGAACGUAUUGGGAAGGAAAUAAGAGAGGAAUUCUAUAAAACCCCCGUGUCUCCUCAUAUCCUGAUCAAGAUGGCUCAAGAAAUGGACAGCGAAAGACUGGACGGUAUUACGCCUGCGUUGACAAAAGGCUGGCCGAACACGUACACCUUCACGAAGGCUGUAGCUGAGGAGAUGGUGAGGACCGACGCCGGAGAUCUACCCGUCACCAUCGUCAGACCACCUGCUGUGAUAGGCAGUUACUACGAACCAAGCCCUGGUUGGAUGGAUAUGAGCUGUGUCUACUCCACAAGUGGGAUAAUCUUAGGGGUGGGCAUGGGCCUAAUCCACGUGGCUAACGUUGACAAACACGUGGCUCUUAACGUAGCCCCCGUGGAUAUGGUGAACAACACUAUUUUGGCCGCUGGAUGGCAAGCGAAGGAAAGGGAUGAUAAAAACGAAGUCAAAAUAUACGCGUUGGCUACCGGUGAACAGACAGUCACGUUUGAUUAUACUGCCAAUAUCAUGAGGAAGGAAUGCGUGAAGUUCUCAGCUAAUAAAGCUAUCUGGUACUGCAGCCUGAUUGAAGUGAAGAACCGAUUUCUCUAUAACAUAGUGGCCUUGCUUCUCCAUUAUAUCCCGGCUUUUUUCAUUGAUAUUAUUGCAGGGCUAGCCGGCCUGAAGUUGCAAGGAAAACCUGUUUCAUUUACAAAGAUCUACGAGAAAUAUGACAAGCUGCUGAAAACCCACGGUUAUUUCCUAGCGUACGAAUUUGAUUUCAAGGACGAUAAUCUUAAGGGUCUUAGGAGCAAGAUGAGCGAUGCUGACAAGGCCAUUUUCAACUGUGACUUGAGGUCCUAUGAGAAAAACUUGUUCGUGAAAGUCUGGUGUCUUGGCGUAAGAAAAUAUAUUAUACAAGAUGGUUUGAGAAAUGUUAGGAAAGCCUACCGAAAACAGAUUUACUUUGGAAUAGCUAACUACGUGUUUCUAGCCUUAUAUUUCUACACUUUGUACUGUCUUUUCUGCUACUCUUGGUUUAUUUUAAAGUAUGUUUUCGCUAACUUGUAAGCGAGUAAAGUUUUUUUUUAUAAAUAAGAUUUGUGUAAAUAAUUGUAACCAAUAAAAU